UGCCUCGAAAUGAAUUUACAUAUGAGGAGAAAGAACUUUUAGCAAAAUAUCUUUCUAAAUUUGACAAGAGGAGUGGUAAUGUAAUCUAUAAAAGUUUAACGGAGAAUAAAAAUAAAUACCCUUGGUCUGCAACGCAUACCUGGCAGAGUUGGCGAGAGCAAUACUCAAAGAACAAGGUUUAUUAUGAAGGUCUGAUAGAGGAGUUCCAAAGAAAGAGAUCGGCUAGAGCUGCAGCGACAGCCCAGAAAGAUCAGAAAUCAGGAACUAUAGAAGAGCAGCUGAAAGCUAGAGAAAAGAUACGCGAAGCAAGAGCUCUUAACAAUACAGCUUCCCCUAGUCUUUCGAAUAGUCAAGUGAAUAAUAGUCAAUUGGAAGAUACUAGAAAUACUUUAGAGCCAGCUUCAUUUACACAGGCUGAAAGAUCAAUCGCUGCUAAUCAGAAUCUACGCGAUAGCUCAAUACUUGAACAGUCGAUUAAUGCUACACCAGGCAAUGGUGCUAAUAACGAAGACGAUGACUCAAGACCAGUACUCGAAUUAUUGCCUUUGCAUAUGGUCGAGAAAGUAAAUGAAAAUAUAACAGAAGAGCAACGCGACAUUCUGAUGGACACAUUGAUGGAGCUUUCUAGCGUGGAUACAUUCGCACUUGAGGCCGCAUCCGAGCGUCUCGACAAUCAAUUUGACGCUAGUGAGCUAGGUAGUUUUAUUUACCAUGAUUUAGGCAGAAGCUUUAUAAAGAAGAAAAAGAAGGACAACAAAGUUAAACAGGUUGACCGAACGCAUAGUGAUAAGGCAAAUGCAAACGAGGAAGUUCAGAUGGAUAUAGGAGAAGGUAAUAGAAAGAAUACCAACGAAAAUGAGGAAGUAUACGAGCAACCUCAAGACUUAAGAGAGAGUCAUGUUGACGAGCAAUCUAACAUUCAGCAAAGAAAGACAUCAGAAAGACUUUUAAUACCACCAGCACUAAGAAAUGAAAAUAAUUCAAGGCUUACGAUAUCCCCAAACAUCCAUGAGAGUCCAGUGCCAACAGGCGAAUUAAAUGAGGUUUCUGUGAGCAAGAGAGAGAGAUCAGACUCAGAGGAAGGAGUAGAUCUGAGGGAAGAAGGAGUGGAGGAGGAAGUAAAUGCAGAAGAAGGAAGAAAUGAAGACGAUGAGGUAGAUCAAUUGGACGAACUCAACCAGCCACAGCUUACGAAUUCGGAAAAUCAGUCUGAAGACCGCCCAGUGAAGAUGGAGGAGGUUCAGGAAAUAGAACAUGAGGAUCAAGACCAAGGAACAGAUGAUACAGCACAAGAAGAACAAGUAAGACGUAAAAAAGAAACAAAACAAGCAAAAAGAGCAAAAGAAACGGAACCUGUAGGUCCAGUUAAGAGGAAGAGAGUAGAAUUUUCGCGAGAAGAUGAUAAUGUUAUCGUCGCAUUUUUGAGACGCUAUAAGAAUAAUCAGAAAGGAAACAGUCUAUGGAAGAAGUUGGGAGAGAAGAGAGACAAUCAUUCUUUUCAUUCAUGGCGUGAAAGAUAUGUUAAAAGAAUGUCAGAUUUCAAUAAGAGGGUAGAGAACGAAGAAUACGCUCUGGCAGACUUUGGUAUCUAUAUGACUUCCGAUGAAGAAGAUAAUGGAUAUGAUUCAGACGGCGCAUUUUCGGAUCCAGAUAAUUCACUGAACAAGAGGAGAAUGGGAAGGGAAAACAUUGUUAAGGGAGAGACCAGCAAAGAGACAAGGGAGAGAAUUGCGAGAGAGAAACAAGCACAUUAUAAGAAACGUACUGGACAGCCACUUCAUAAGUCUGAUAAUGACGAACAAGAGAUUGAAGUCAAUGAGAUUAAAAUGGCGCCAGGAGAGACUCCUCAAAAUAUAGUAGACAACGUAUCUGCAGCUUCUCCAGAAAUCAAACAGGAGCCUACCGAUGAGAAUUCCGAUGGAGGUAAUGAAGUGCAAUUUGCCGAAACGAAUGCCGAAACGGAACCACCAGGAUCAACGCAGAUGUUAAUAGAUGCAGCUAGUAAGUUGGAAGAUGUCCAAUACGUACUCAGUCCAUCGGAACACUCAGAAGAAGAAAUAGACGAAAAAGAUGAUGAAGCACACGAAGAGUCGAUACAGCUCUUCAACCAAUUUCUAAACGACUAUCCCAUUUCAAAAACCAAAUUAGAGGAUCUUUUAUCUGUUUAUGAUUACAAUUUCAAAAAUGUUAAAAAGGUUUUAGAUCAGGCAAAUGCCAAAUAAAUGUAAUAAAC